AUGGAGCUAAUUCAAUGUUUCGAGCCAGGAUGCAAGCACGAAGCCUAUUAUACGUGCUAUUGCACUUCUCCUGGAACUCUAUGCUGUAACACAUUUUUAAUAAAAUUUAUAAAGCAAAUAUUCCAAAUUAGUGUCUUAGGAGAUCUUUGCUCAUCUUUUAUCUUCAAAGUCACUAAUUAUUUAGCGAAAAAAUAUAAGCAAAAAAAAAUUAUGAAAAGUUAUGUUAAGCUUUAUCUUUUUGAAGGCUAUUAG